UGUGUCUGUGCUUAGAGAGCUCCUAUAAUCGACAGUCCCGGGGGCUCCGGGAGCGCUGCUGCCGCCGUGGCCGGACUUUGGCCGCAGCGGGACGGGGCCCAGCGCGGCCGGACGGGGCUCCGGGCAGCCGGCGGGACCGGAGCUCUGCCCGGCCAGGAAACGCCGCCGGGCACCGGCCGAGAGUCCCGGGCCGAGGGUCCCGGGCGGAGCGCCCAUGGGUGCGGGCAGUGCGCUGUGCGGGCCCCGGGACGGCCCCGCCGCGCCCCGGGACUGGAACCAGACAUGGCAUACAAACAUUCCAGGAGGGACCUGGUGCUUCGAGAGCUCCAUCGUUGCCUGGAUCCCUUGUGCCUAUCUUUGGAUCUGUUUUCCCUUCUAUUACUGGUACCUUCGACACAGAAACAAAGGCUACAUCAGGAUGUCCCACAUCUUCAAAGCCAAAAUGGUCCUUGGAUUCAUCCUGGUAAUAUUGUGUUUUUCUAAUGUCUUCUUCAUGGUGUGGGAGAAAAGCCAAGGAAUCCCACGGCCCUCAGCACUCUUCAUUAGCCCUGCUCUGGUGGGAAUCACAAUGGUCCUUGCCUUGUUCCUUACCCAAGCAGAAAGAAUGAUGGGCAUCCAGUCUUCAGGGGUCCUAUUGAUUUACUGGCUGCUCUCAUUUGUGGCUGCACUUGUGAUCCUUAGUUCCAAAAUUCAGCAUGCUCUGGAAAGAGGCUUCCUGCAAGACCAUUUCCACCAUGUUACAGCUUACCUUUACACUGGCCUGGUGCUAGGAGAACUUGUGUUAUUCUGCUUAGUUGAUCAUCCUCCCUUCUUCUCUAAAGCUGACAACAGUCCUAAUCAGUGCCCAGAAGCCAGCAGCUCUUUUCUUUCCAAAAUCACAUACUGGUGGUUCUCUGGGCUCCUCUGGAAGGGCUCUCAGCAGGCCUUGGGUGUGGAUGACUUGUGGCCAGUGAGGAAACAGGACUCCUCUGAGGAAAUUGUUGCCUGGGCAGAAAGAGAGUGGAAGAAGUGUCGCAGCAGAACCCAGAAGAAAAUGGAGUCUGCCACAUUUAAAAAGGGUCAGAAAACUGAAACUGGUAUAGCAGAAGCUGAAGAGACAGAGGCUCUACUACAAUCAAAGCACAGUCAGAUCGGGCCCUUACUGAGAAUGUUUUGGAGCAUGUUUGGAACUUACUUCCUUCUCAGCACGGUCUGCUUAGUUAUCUGUGAUGUCUUCUUGUUCUCCACCCCGAAGGUACUGAGCCUUUUCCUGAAGUUCAUUGAAGAUCAGGCAGCCCCGAGCUGGCUUGGCUACUUCUAUGCCUUCAGCAUGUUCCUGCUGGGCUGUCUCCAGACUCUGUUUGAGCAGCGCUACAUGUACAUGUGCCUUGUGCUGGGGCUGAGGCUGAGAACUGCACUAACAGGCCUUGUGUACAGGAAGAUCCUGGUUAUGUCAAGUGCCUCAAGGAAAGCAGCAACCACAGGUGAAAUUGUUAAUCUGGUAUCUGUUGAUGUGCAAAAGCUAAUGGAUCUGAUUAUCUAUUUUAAUGGGACCUGGCUGGCUCCUAUUCGGAUUAUCAUCUGCUUUGUCUUCUUGUGGCAGCUUCUAGGGCCAUCUGCCUUGACUGCAAUUGCUGUAUUUCUUUUUCUUUUGCCUCUGAAUUUUGUGAUCACCAAGAAGAGGAGUCAGUUUCAGGAAGCCCAGAUGAAACAUAAGGAUGAGAGGGCCAAACUCACCAAUGAAAUUCUCAGUAACAUUAAAGUAAUCAAACUGUAUGGCUGGGAGAAAACCUUCAUGGAGAAAGUAUUUGGAAUCCGAAAGCAAGAACUUCAGGCCUUAAAAAAAUCUCAGAUUCUCUUCUCAGCAUCCCUAGUUUCCUUCCAUUCAUCAACUUUCCUGAUCACAUUUGUCAUGUUUGCUGUUUACACCCUGGUGGACAACACACACGUGCUGGAUGCUGAGAAGGCCUUUGUGUCCUUGACACUGAUCAACAUCCUCAACACUGCCCACUCCUUCCUGCCCUUCUCCAUCAACGCUGCUGUCCAGGCCAAAGUUUCCUUAAACCGUUUAGCAGCUUUUCUGAAUCUGGAAGAACUGAAUCCUGAGAGCUCAAGCAGAAACACUUCUGGCUGUGUACAGGCAAGUAUCACCAUAAGAAAUGGGACUUUUUGUUGGAGCAAAGAAACUUCUCCUUGUCUUAGAAGCAUAGAGCUCAGCGUGCCCCAGGGCUCUCUGCUGGCUGUGGUUGGCCAGGUGGGUGCUGGCAAGUCCUCCCUGCUGGCAGCGGUGCUGGGCGAGCUGGAGGCCACCGAGGGCUGCGUGACCAUCAAGGACACUGCAGCUUAUGUCCCCCAGCAAGCCUGGGUUCUAAAUGCUUCAGUAGAAGAUAAUAUUCUGUUUGGGAAGGAGAUGGAUGAAACCUGGUUCAAUAGAGUGAUAGAGGCUUGUGCACUGCACCCUGAUUUGGAGACCUUUCCUGCAGGGCAGAAGAGUGAAAUAGGAGAAAAGGGAAUCAAUCUGUCUGGAGGGCAGAAGCAGAGAGUGAACCUUGCUCGGGCCGUGUACCAGAAGGCUUCGAUUUACCUGCUCGACGAUCCCCUGUCAGCUGUUGAUGCCCACGUUGGGCAGCACAUUUUUGAACAUGUUCUUGGACCCAAUGGUUUACUGAAGGACAAGCAGACUCGUGUGCUGGUGACUCACACAAUCAACAUUCUGCCUCAAGUGGACAACAUUGUUUUUCUGGUGGAUGGAAUGAUCUCAGAAACUGGUUCCUACCAAGAACUUCUACAGAGAAAUGGAGCCUUUGCAGAUUUUCUUCAUUCACACAUUACUGCAGAAGAGAAGCCACCUGGUGGUUUUGCAGCUAUGGGAGACACUAAAGGCACUGUCACCACUGGAAAUGGUCCAUCUCAGGAGAAACCCCUCAGUGGUCAUUCAGUAAAAUCUGCUGUGGGAAGGGAGACCAUUCCUGGGAGCCCAAACUGCACCAGUGCUGCAGCCACCAGUGGAGCAUUAACCAAGGCAGAGAGAACUCAGCACGGCAGGGUCAGGGCUGGGGUGUAUGGAGCCUACCUGCAGGCGGCAGGCCGGGCGCUGGCUGCGUACGUGCUCCUGUCCUUUGCCUGCCAGCAGGCCGUGGCCUUCUCCCGGGGCUACUGGCUCAGCCUCUGGGCAGAUGACCCCGUGCACAACGGGACACAGCAGCACACAGAGCUCAGACUUGGAGUCUUCGGUGCUUUAGGAGUGGUUCAAGCCCUUGGCAGGUUUGCCUGCACAGCAGCAGUGCUGCUGGGGGGCGUGUUAGCCUCACACCAGCUCUUCCUGCAGCUGCUGAGCAAUGUCAUGAGAUCCCCAAUGCUCUUCUUUGAGCAAACACCCACUGGACACCUGCUGAACCGCUUCUCCAGAGACAUGGAUGCUGUGGAUUCUGUCAUCCCUGACAAGCUCAAGUCCGUGCUGGGAUUCUUGUUCAACUUACUGGAGAUCUACCUGGUGAUUGUGGUGGCUACACCAUGGGCAGCAAUGGCCAUAGUGCCCUUGACUGUUCUUUAUGCAGCAUUCCAGCACUUCUAUGUCAGCACCUCCUGCCAGCUGAGGCGCAUGGAGGCUGCCAGCAGGUCACCCAUCUACUCCCACAUCUCAGAAACCUUCCAAGGCAGCAGUGUGAUCCGUGCUCACAAAGACCAGCAGAGGUUUAUUUCAAAGAGCAAUUUCCUAGUGGAUGAGAACCAGCGAAUUUGCUUCCCUGGAGCUGUUGCUGACAGGUGGCUUGCUACAAACCUGGAGUUCCUGGGCAAUGGCAUCGUGCUGUUUGCAGCCCUGUUUGCAGCUGUGGGCAGGACACAGCUCAGCCCAGGAACUGCUGGCUUCUCCCUUUCCUGUGCCCUCCAGAUAACUGGUGUUCUGAACUGGAUGGUUCGCUCCUGGACAGAAGUAGAGAACAACAUUGUUUCUGUGGAGAGACUGAGAGAAUACCUGAGGACUCCUAAGGAGGCACCCUGGACUCUGAAUGGCAAACUUCAAGGGCAAGUUUGGCCCACUGAGGGAAGGAUUGAAUUUAGAAACUACAGCCUGUGCUACAGGCCAGGUUUGGAGUUAGCACUGAGGCGUGUCACUGUGACCAUCAACAGGCACGAGAAGAUUGGCAUAACUGGCAGAACAGGAGCUGGGAAAUCCAGCCUUGCUGUGGGCUUGCUGCGACUGGUGGAAGCUGCAGAAGGAGCCAUCCUCAUUGAUGGACAGGACAUUGCCCAGCUAGGUCUCCAUGACCUCAGAACCAAGAUCGCUGUCAUUCCCCAGGAUCCAGUUUUGUUUUCUGGCUCCCUAAGAAUGAAUCUCGACCCAUUAAACCAAUACACUGAUGCAGACAUCUGGACAGCUCUGGAACUGACUCAGCUCAAGAACUUUGUUGCAGAUUUGCCAGAGCAGCUGGAACAUAAGUGCACUGACCAAGGGGAAAACCUAAGCACUGGUCAGAAACAGCUGGUUUGCCUGGCCAGAGCACUCCUGCAGAAAGCCAAAAUCCUCGUUCUGGAUGAGGCCACAGCAGCAGUGGAUUUAGAGACUGAUGUCCAGAUUCAGUCCAUGCUGAGGACUCAGUUCAGAGACAGCACCGUGCUGACGAUCGCUCACCGGGUGAGCACCGUGCUGGACUGUGACAGGAUUUUAGUCUUGGAAAAUGGCCGGAUAGCAGAAUUUGAUACUCCAGAACACUUAAUAGCUCAGAAGGGACUGUUCUACAGACUGAUGGAAGAAUCAGGCCUUGCAUGACUCAGCCAUAGCACCACCACCAUCAGGAGUAAUUGACCUCAUAAUUGAGUUAUUUUGGUUUCUCUCUAAAAUGCCUGACACUCAACCAAAGCUUGUUUGAGCCAAAACUGCAGUGAGUAGAUGGAAAGGGGUAACUUGGGAUACAUGUUAUUUCCAUAGGAAACUCAGCAAUUCCACUUUCAUUAUGUUUCCAGAUACCAAAACCUCACUUGAUUGCUGAAAACAAGCCAGUCAGGACUUAAAUACUUUUCUGGUAUAAAAGCAAACAAGUCAAAAGAGAAAGACCACAGCAUUCCUAAUUUAUACUGUAAAUGGAACCCAAAUAUCCAUCAUACUUCAAGAUUACACAGAUUAUUUUUAAAAGCCAAAAAGAUUUUUAUGGACAGCAAGGAAGAAUUCAACUGGUAGCAAGGAAACUUAACUGUUUGCAGUUGAUGCUAAGCUCCAGGCAGAACAAAUAUUUUGUCAAUGUCUUAAGGGCUGCUCACCCAGGCACUGCACAAACACUGGGGCAGGAGGGAAGAGGAGGCAGGAUGCCACCUAGCAGGAGCACAGGCUGUCUGUUGUCACAGCUGGGGAUCAGAUGCACCCCCUCCCUCUGCAGGAGCAGAGCCAGCUCCAGCAGGGGCUCAGCAGGGCAGGACAGGACCGUGGCUGGGAGUGGCAGCAGAGCAUCCAGCACUCCUGCCCAGGGCUUGCAGCAUUCCCACUGCCAAGUGCUCACAGCAGGGCAGGUCCAAACAUUGACACCAACUCUUCCAAACUGAAUUUGGCCACAAGGAAUUUGCAUGGUUGGAAGUGCCCUCCUCUCUGAUCCCUGCAGCACAUGAGGAAAGCAGCAGGAUCUCACCUGUUGACCUGAUGUUCAUCCCUUGUUUUCCUCCUGAGUGCAAGUUGACUCUUGCAUGUUUCCACCCUGGUGCUGCAGAACCUCUGGCAUGGUCACCUGUCAGGUGUUGCCUUAACAAACCAAAACAGAAGCAAAAGCUUCCUGGGCUUCCCACAGUGUCUGCAGCCAGAGCUGUCCCCAGGACUCCUCAGGAAUCACAGGAUGACAAUGUGACAGUCCAAUACACACUGAGAGAUACUGCUCUUUACUGUGACUUUUGUUAAAGCAUCCCAUUUUCUAGAGAGCUGAAAUAAAAAUAGAAUCAAGUAUUUAAAUAGGUCUCUUCAAUAAACUAGAGCAAAUAUAACACAGAAAGGGGCAGUGGGGAGGGGAUAGGAGAGUUCCAGCUGCAAGAAAGAAUCCAGACUGGCAAAACCCAGCAGUUCCUUCUCCAACAGCUUCUGCACCCAAGUCAAGAACAGUUCAGAGUUCCUGCUGGUCAAGUGCCCAAGAUAUCGAGGUCCAGUGCCUGCUGGUGCUCAGGUACCAGGAGAGAAUGAUCUUCCCUCUACUUUCUCCAGUCUCAUACUUGAGGGCACAGACAAACAAUACCAAACCCAGAUACAAGUUAAAAGCACUCUAAAGGUUUAUCAAUGGAUCUCAAAACCAGGAGCAUUUAGAAAUACUGAGAUAAAAAUUACAUAUUUUUCCUUUUCAACUAAGGCAAACCCACGUUGCUGGGUAAUUCUGAAACAGAUACCUUUUAGCAUUCCGUAAUCUCCAACAUAAAUAUCUUUAAUUGCUCAUUUUCUGUUCCUAAAUGGGUAACAAAGAGGGAAGGCAACAAGAGACAAUAAUGAAAACAUACUUUCACAGUGGUAACCUUUGAAAGGGCACACUUUUGCUGUCAGCCAACCCAAAGUAAGAGCAAGCAAAAAUAUCAUCAGCUUUACACAUCAAGUUGUGCUGCAAAGGCAAAAGAAAAGCAAUUCCCCAAAUUAUGUAUGAAAAAUCCAUCAUGUUUCAGACGUGCUGGAGUCCCCAGGGCUAUGUCCAAAUACUGUGAUGAAUCUGGAGCUCAAGUCUCACAGAAGUUAUCUGGAAGUUGGUUAAAGCAAAAUGUAUAAAAGAGUUAACAUUUGGAGAUACCAUGUAGGAGAGAAAUGCUACCUUAGAAAAUCCUUGUGCCAUGAUUCCAAGUUUAAGGCAAUACUGAAACUGCUAAAGCCAGAAGAUAAAUCAAAGGUGUCAUGCACUGAUUUAUACCAAGUUCAGGCCAUACAUGUACUGUGCAAGUCACAUUCCCAGUGCCCCAGAUGGUCACAAGACACAGGGGAAUGCCAAAAUGUUAAAGGUGUCAGUGACCCAAAGCACACUUGUUGCUGUGCCACAUCACUGUCACUCUGCAAAAGGAUCUUCGUGUGGGUCAGGACUGGGAACACUUACAGAAGUAACUCUCAUCACAUACAUUAAUUAGGGUGGGUUUUGCAGGUCUUCUAAAAAUUCUGAGCUGUUUUUUUGGCAGAAUCAACUUUUCCAGAUAAGAGAAAUCUUCCACCUUGCAGUAAUAAUGUCAGCCAAGAUAUAUCAAUGUGCACUGAAGUGAGAUACAGUAAAUUAAACUGUAGAGCAGCUCCUCUCCCUCUUCCUUGCCAGGGCUCUCCAAGGAUGGGGUGGAAGAGGAGGAUCACAAAGUGUUCCUGCAGGAUGACUGUUCCCAAGCAGGAAAGGGUCUCAGUGGCAUGGACAGUUGCUCCCCUGGGUCUCUGCAGGGAGCUCCAUCUCCACCUUAGUGUACAACACCAGCCCAGCCCUCAGCACAGAGCCCCUGCUCUGCCCCUACAAACCAUGUGUUCCAAGCAUUCCACCCUCCUGUCCACCACAGUGCUGCACCAGUGCUUGGGGAUUUGAAAACUGUAACUCACAGCUCGUCCCCAAACUCCCCAGGCAGCCCCUGCUCGUUCCAUUUCCUCAGAGAAAAUCCACAGCAAGCUCAGGAGAUGUGGCAGACCAUGGGCACCACUGGGGGUGACAAAGGUCCACGGCACUGUGGCUCCUGCUCUGCUGAGCCUUCACUGUCACCACAAAACAAUGCAGCCCUACUGCAGCACAGCUAUCUACACUCAUGGCUUCUUACCCACCACCCCAACAAGCCCAGACAUCAGGACAAGCAGAAUUAUCAGUCUAAGCAGGACCAAUAAUUUCUGCUCUCAAGGCAAAAAGCUGAACUGACAAAGCAAACCCUUUGUCAAACACAAGGCAAGAAGUAACACAUUUUCUUUCAAGCAAUUUUUUACUGCAAGUUCUUUGCAAAUAUUGUCAUUACAAAAAAUACCAAAUAAAUUUUCAGUCUAUUCAAUUUCAGAGAGUCAUAAUUUACAAAAAAAUAAAUAGCUUUACUCUAAGGACAACAAUUGUCUAGUAUUAAGGUCAGCAAUAUCAAUCACAGAAGUCCACAUUCUCAGUGCUGAGUAUCUGGAUCUAUCUGACUUAGUUUGCUUUCUUCCAGCAUUUUCCUUUAAAAUAAGACUAAUCACAACAUUAGAAAAGUAACUUUUUUCUUACCACAAAAAGAUGAAAAUUCAACAUAGAUCUUGAAAACCAGACUCCAUUGCCAUUUUAAAUGUUAGGCCCUUCCAACACAAAACUUUAAAAGCACUAUUUUUUUUUUUAAACCAACUGCAACAGAACAUUUUCCCACAAAAUUUAAGAGUCAACAGCAGCAGCAUGAAGGGCAUGUUUCUUUGAUAUAAGGCUAAUGGUCCUUGAUGUGGCAGAGCUGCUAUGAAAGCACAGAACUACCAAAGCCAAGGGUGUUACAAUCAAGGUCACCCUGAGCCUGCAGCCUCACUGCUCAGCCUUGUCCCCACAGGUGUCACCAGCAUGGGCACCCCAGUCGGAAUUCCUGAGUGAGCUGGGGUAAGAUCAGCACACAGCAAUGCACCAAGUGCUGCACAAUUUGGUUCUGGAGUGACUGUCAUCCCAGACAUGCUGAAACACUGCUCUGAAGCUGACUGUGCUUCUUCACAUCAGCACUACUGACAUGACAGUGAACUUGCUGCUCGAUGCUGUAAACACGUGAAACCUUUAGGACAAUGCAUAAAGCAUUAACCAUGUACAGUAAAUGCCAUAAGGAGAAAGUCUGGCACACGUUUUAUUUCACAAGAAGAAAAAUCUUUGGACUAUAGUACUUUAUGCCACAAAAUGUUCCAAGUGCAUCCCACAAUAGAUGGCUCAUGAAAUGAGGAAUCCACAAACAAGCAAAUAAC